UAACGCAACCAACUGCUCCGAGUCAAAUUGAGUUCACAUCCGUGUAGUUAAAUUAUUACACAGCGCCCCAACUAUUCCAAGCGGCUGAUGUUGGAAACGUGCUGUUAUUUACAUGUCUAUUUUUGUACAUGUAACAGUUUAGCCUUGACGAUUCGCCUGCAACGUAGAUGCGCUCCGACUUGAAAAUCAAAAUUUCUCAUACAAGGGUUUUGUAUUGGGGACAGUCCUCGACUAUAUCCGAUUAACGGGUUAAUUCAGUUUGUCUUGAACGUUUCAAAUACAGUGCAUUCAUUCAAAUGGAGUUAAAGGUGUGAAGGGCAAAAUAUAACCGGCAGGCUACCCUAUUGAAAUUGACCUUUUAUAAAAUCCUUGACGUUGUGGAAAGGGGAGCUGUAGCCUUACACGAUUGCAGUUAGCCUUAUCUUUUUAGAAAAACCCAACAGUACGGCAGAAUACUGAUUUCCCAAUAAGUUUAAGCUAUAAAAUAACGUCAUUCCUUGCGCCAUGUGGGGGUCAGCCCUUGAAGACUGCAGGGCGUUUCGAGUGUAAGGCUAAAGUUGCUGUUUAGCGCUAUCAAAUACUCUAGCAAAAAGACAAGAUAAAGACAUCGAGAGAGAAACGAACGUAGGCAGAAGUGAACUGUUGAGUGUCCUACUAAUAUCUCCGGUAUAGCGCCCCAAUUUCUCCCAGCACUGGAAUUUACUGUCACGAAUCACUUUGAUUUAUCCUGUUACCCAACCAGCAAAGGUUCUCAACUGCUGGUAACUACCAUAUCGCAUUGUCCGACGCAGAAGAAACAACUUGGUUCAGUGGAAACUCUUGUCGUCCAAGUGUAUUGUAUUGUGACGUUUUUCAGCUCAACCAGCUAGUCGUGUGUAGUCUACCAUGGCUAAACAGCAUCUGCUCGUAGUGAUUUUGGCUUUUUUCGUUUGGUUUUCCAACGCCACAGUUACAAGUGAAAAUCAAACUGUUUUAGAAAUCCAAAGAAAUUCGUCAACCCGACAACAAAUUUUAUUCGACGAGAAGAUCCGGUGCUGCAAAAGUGGGACUACAUACCUGCCAGGAUUGGAUCAGUGCGUACCAAAUUUUGUCUCCACUUUGUACAACGAAUCGUUUCCGAAUUAUUCGUUCGAGGAUCCGAACGACGGUUUGACUGAUUGCCCGGUUGGAUACGUCAGUCACAGCACAGAGGAUUUUCAACUGGAAAACGGCACCUUAUUCGUUGGUAACAAACGGUUGGAGUCCAAUGAAUUCUGCAUCAACAGAAUCGAAGACGAAAAUUAUUCAACAUCCCCUGGCAAAUUUGUGGCUCGUUAUUGCGUUCCUGAUCCUUGCGGUGAGUCGGGAUGCAUUCGAAAGUGUUGCCCUCCCGGCAUGGCCAUGGUCACGAAAUAUUAUCACGAUCUGUCUCCAAUUUCAAUAUGCGAGCCGCAUCCUGUACCGUUUAAUUUGUCACUUUUGCGUAACCCGCAAAAUGCAUCAAUCGACACCAAUUCUUUUUCCAUCCAUGGCGGACUUGGAAUAAAAUGUGGAAAUCUUCCACGAGAUCAACUUUUUAAUUUUUCGAUGCGUCCCGAUGGCCAGAUUGUUCUUCAUUUAGAAGAUCAAACCGACGAGAAAACGGACCAGUACUGCAUUGACAAUCUAGUUGACGGUGGAAACAUUAACGUGAUGGCAAUAGUGUGUUUUCCGGAGCAAGGAGAAGAUUCCAAAGGCGCGUUUCUAUUCGGAUGUUUGAAUCUUUUUGCCACGGUAUUUUUAGUCGCCACCUUAUUGGUUUUUGCAAUUCUACCAAAAUUGCGCAACCUCCACGGUGUUAUCGUCAUGUGUUACUUGGCCUCCAUGACAGUCACGAACGUUUUUCAUGCUAUUCUGAUGCUCGUGAGAGGUAGCGAUAUGCCACCCGGUCUUUGUUCAACAUUAGCAAUUUCAUUACAUUACGCCUACAUCGCCACUUUUUCUUGGCUAAACGUCUUGUGCUUUAGAGUUUGGCGGAUGUUUAGUUCCUUCAAAUCUCCGACAAACCCAUCCGUCUUGGGUAAACAGUUUUUCUAUUCCUCCGUUUACGGAUGGGGUAUUCCAUUCGUCAUCGUGGGCAUCGGACAAAUCCUCCAGCACAGCGAUGUGCCAGACGACAUCAUUAAACCAGGAUUGGCAUCAAAAUUAUACUGUUGGUUCAAUCAUAAAGAUAGAGGACCAUUAAUCGCCUAUUUGUACGCCCCGAUGAUGGCCAUGAUUAUUGCCAACGUUUUCAUGUUCGUUUGGGCUGCGUUCAGUGUUUGCCAGCAGAGAAGUGCCGAAUCAUCGCAAACGACUUCUAAAAUCCGAAAAUUUAAAGUGAUCCUGAGUCUCUUCUUGUUGAUGGGCGUUCCCUGGACAACCGAAAUUAUUACUUUCAUGGCGGAUGCCAGUUUUGAAAGUGCCCUGGUCACCGACAUAUUCAACAUCAUCUCGCCACUUUUCAUUUUCAUCAUUUUAGUCUGUAGGCCGAGCGUGUGGAAGAUGAUCAAACUCAAAUUCCCGUGUUUGAACCCCUUCAUCACUGCGUGUGAAAAAAUAGUUUCACGUAUAAUCCCCAAGAAAAUUAACCGCCAUCAAUCUGCUAGUGCUAAAGAAAGACUCUGCAAUUCAAACACGAAUGGUAUCAAUAAUAGUUACAAAACUUCCCAGCAAAAUCUAACGUCCGAAUCGACGGACCCGAAACAAAUUAUGGAAUUACCUAGCUUUUUUGACGUGGUUGUAAAAUAACUUUUAUUAAAAAAAAGCUUCUUUUCUAUGGAACGCCGUUUGUGCCACUUUUUAAACAUAACGUUGUUUUUUAUAUUAUAAGUACCAACUAUAUUGAAACCAAUUUUUGAUAUAAUGAAAACAAUUUCUUUAUUACGAAUCGAUUGAACCUUGGAUUGAACUAUACCUUUUGUGUGCUCCUUAAGUAUAAUAAUACAAAAGACGAAAAUUUUGUU